AUGAAGUUGCUGUUCUCUAUUGUUGCACUUGUUCUAUUAGGCUCCACACUAUCUCUCUGUGGCCUUAUUGUAGCUGACUUAAAGUCUGACCAGCAAGCUCUGUUGGAGUUUGCUUCAAGUGUCCCACAUGCCCCAAGGCUCAACUGGAAGAAUGACUCUUCCACAAUUUGCAUCUCAUGGGUUGGUGUGACAUGCAACUCAAAUGGCACACGUGUCAUAGGCCUUCACCUUCCAGGAAUGGGAUUAACUGGAACCAUUCCAGAGAACGGCAUAGGAAAACUAGAUGCUCUUAGGGUCCUGAGUCUUCAUUCCAAUGGCCUUAACGGAAAACUUCCUUCUAACAUCCUCUCCAUUCCUUCACUCCAAUUUCUAUACCUUCAGCACAAUAGCUUCUCUGGCCCAAUUCCUUCUCUUGUGUCACGUAAACUCUUUGCAUUGGAUAUUUCCUUUAACUCCUUUUCUGGCAGCAUCCCACCUGCAUUUCAGAACCUGAGAAGACUCACUUGGUUGUAUCUCCAAAACAAUUCCAUAUCUGGGGCUAUUCCUGACUUCAACCUUCCAAGUCUCAAAUUUUUGAACUUGAGCUAUAAUAACUUGAAUGGCUCAAUUCCAAAUUCCAUAAAGACAUUCCCUUAUUCUUCUUUUGUUGGGAACUCUCUCUUGUGUGGGCCACCACUAAAUCAUUGCUCUACAAUCUCCCCUUCUCCAUCUCCUUCCACAGAUGAUUACCAGCCAAUCACUCCACCAACCACCCAAAACCAAAAAGGUACCAACCAUAAGAAAAGCUUUGGCCUGGCUACUAUCCUUGCCCUAGUCAUUGGGGUCUUUGCCUUCCUCUCUCUACUAGUUGUAGUGAUCUGUGUGUUCUGUCUGAAGAGGAAGAAGAACAGUAAAAGCAGUGGAAUACUGAAAGGAAAGGCUUCUUGUGCCGGAAAGACCGAGGUUUCAAAGAGUUUUGGUAGUGGGGUGCAAGGGGCAGAAAAAAACAAGCUCUUUUUCUUUGAAGGCUCCUCUUAUAGCUUUGACCUUGAGGAUUUGCUGAAGGCUUCAGCUGAAGUUCUUGGAAAAGGAAGUUAUGGAACAGCAUACAAGGCUGUUUUGGAGGAGGGAACAACAGUGGUCGUUAAAAGGUUGAAAGAAGUUGUGGUAGGAAAGAAGGAGUUUGAGCAGCAGUUAGAGAUUGUGGGGAGAUUUGGAAGCCACCCCAAUGUGAUGCCCCUAAGGGCCUAUUACUAUUCCAAAGAUGAGAAACUUCUGGUUUACAACUACAUGCCUGGUGGUAGCUUGUUUUUCUUGUUGCAUGGAAACAGGGGUGCAGGAAGAACCCCACUAGACUGGGAUUCCAGAGUGAAGAUUUUGCUUGGAGCUGCCAAGGGCAUUGCUUUCAUCCACUCUGAAGGGGGUCCAAAAUUCACACAUGGCGACAUCAAGUCAAACAAUGUGCUCAUAACCCAAGAACUAGACAGCUGCAUCUCUGAUGUUGGAUUGCCACCUCUAAUGAACGCCCCAGCAACCAUGUCCAGGGCCAAUGGCUAUAGAGCACCAGAAGUCACCGACACAAGGAAGAUCACUCAGAAGUCUGAUGUAUACAGCUUUGGUGUGCUGCUGCUUGAAAUGUUGACAGGGAAGACCCCACUGAGGUAUCCCGGAUAUGAGGAUGUGGUUGAUCUUCCAAGGUGGGUGAGGUCUGUUGUGAGAGAGGAAUGGACUGCAGAAGUGUUUGAUGAGGAGCUUCUGAGAGGGCAGUAUGUUGAAGAGGAAAUGGUGCAGAUGCUCCAGAUUGCAUUAGCAUGUGUAGCUAAGGGGCCAGAAAAUAGGCCUAGAAUGGAUGAAGUUGUUAGAAUGUUAGAGGAAAUUAAGCAUCCUGAGUUGAAGAACCGAAUAUCCUGUGAGUCCGAGUCUAAUGUUCACACACCAUGA